AAAUAAGUAGGGUUGAAUUUUACGAAGAGAUACUGUACAAUCACCUAUUAACUUGGGAUCCCGCAAUAACGCAAAGCAUAGCAUCAUGAUGCAUAGACAGAUGUCACAGGCUGGUACCAAAUAUGUUGCGUAUGCAUUCAUUGUUUGCUGCUUUAUAACCACUGUUCUGGUGUCUAAAGCCUCAUGUUGCUCCUUACCAACUGACUGUCAAGAUAUCCUGCGGUCCGGAAGUCUUACAAGCGGUGUCUACACGAUUUAUCCUCAAGGAACAGGGGGGUUUAAAGUGUAUUGUGACAUGGUUACAGCUGGAGGUGGAUGGACGGUUUUUCAAAGACGAAUAACUGGGGAUGUUGGAUUUAACAGACUUUGGCAAGAUUACCAGUAUGGAUUUGGUGACACUGAUGGAGACCACUGGAUUGGAAACCAAAGAAUUCAUCAGUUGACAUCUCAGGGUUGGUAUGAGCUAAGAGUGGACAUGUCUGACUUCGAAAAUGAAAAUCGAUUUGCUUACUACCGAGUUUUCUCUAUUGGAAACAAAGAUUCUGGUUAUAAGCUGACGGUGGGAGAAUACGAAGGAAAUGCAGGAGAUUCAAUGGACGCCCAUAAUGGACAAUCAUUUUACACAAAAGACCAAGACAAUGAUAAUUGUUCAAAAAAAUAUAAAGGUGGAUGGUGGUAUAAAACAUGCCACAGGGCCAACCUAAAUGGACUGUACCUGAAAGGUAACCAUUCCUCUUAUGCUGAUGGCGUGAACUGGUAUCAUUGGCAUGGUUACCAUUACUCAUUGAAAACAACGGAAAUGAAGAUUAGAAGACAAUAGAUUUUGCUAUGAAGUUUACAACCAGUGUUUUAAGAUUUGUCAAAGAAUCAAACAGUUAAGAUUUUAAUAAUUAUAUUCAGACUAUCUGGAGGUCAAAUUAUAGUUCAUGUUA